GCGCGAAGCACAGCUCAGCGUUUCCACACACAAGAGAGCGAGAGAGAGAUAGAGAGAGAGAACACAAAGAGUAAAGCACCAUGAAGAUCUUCAUUUGUCUGUUGGCCACGCUGUGCGUCUGCAAUGCCACAUUUCUGUCGCUGCUCGGCGGCGGAGGUGGAAGUGGAGGAGGCGGAGGUGAAACCAAGACCACCUACAAUGUCAUAGCAACACCUCAUGGCGGCGGCGGCGGUGGCGGCGGAGGAGGAUCUGCUCAUGGUCAUGGCUACUCACAUGGAGGUCACGGAGGAGGCGGCGGUGGCGGAGGCGGCUCCGCGCAGCUCAUCAAGAUCAUUCUCGAAGAUGGCAAUGGACAAGGUCACGGACAUGGACAUGGUCAUGGUCACGGACACGGAAGCGGUGGCGCCUCCGCUGGUCACAGCUACGGUCAGGGCUAUGCCAGCGGUCACAGUCACGGCAGCUAUGGCGAACAGGUUUACAAGGUGAUCGAACAACCCGCCGCGCCCGUUGCGCCCACCGCUUACCAUGGCGGCUCCUCCGGUGGCUACUCUUAUGGCAGCUCAUCCUAUGCCGCAGGUCAUGGCUACGGCAGCGGCUCCUCCCACUCCCAUUCCCACGGCUCGCAUUCCUCUUCAGCCUAUCAGCUGAAUGCCAUUCUCCCGCAGAUCAUUCAACUUGUGCUCCAGGAAGAUGCUUUGGGUCAUGGCGGUUCCUCCUCUGGAGGCGGUGGCUAUGGAAAUGUGGAUGCCCUCAAUGGACAGCUGAUUGAUGCCUUCGGCCAGAAGGGCAAAGCAAUCAUCAUGCGUGCGGACAAAGCUCAAGGCGCCUUCUUCAACAGCGGACAUGUGGUGCAACGUGGCACCCUCAAGGUGAUGCAAGUUCGCGACCAGUCGCAGCAGCAACAGCGUCAGGGAGGAGGCGGUGGCCUCUGGAGUCUCUUUGGCGGCGGCGGCAGCGGCUCGAACUCAGCUGGCGGCAGUGGAUGGAGUCAGGGAGGCGCCUCUUCGGGAGGUUGGAGUCAGGGAGGAAGCUCCUCGGGUGGUUGGAGUCAGGGUGGUGCUUCAGGCGGUGGCUGGAGCCAAGGAGGCAGCUCAGGCGGCGGUGGCUGGAGUCAGGGAGGCAGCUCCGGAUGGUAG